GUAGUUAAUCAGCUGGACCAGAGCGCCUUCGCCAUGACGGGAAUACGCGUCGCCUUACUCGCUCUGGCGUUAUUACAGUAAGCGUGGCCCAGGAGCCGGCCCUCCAGGUGCUGCCGUCCAACAUCCUGAAGCCCCUGGGAGACAGAGCCUACGUGUCCUGCAGCGCCGUCGUCGACAACCCAGACCUGGUGACGGAGAUGCAGUGGUCCGGACCCAACGGCCAGCAGAUACCCAACGUCGAGGGCACACUUGAUGGCAGGAUCAUCGCCAUGGAGAGCAUCGAGGGCUCCGGGAAGCUCGACCUCAUGAUCCAGAACCUGCGGGAGGAGGACUCGGGAGAGUACGAGUGCACCGCUGUCUACGCCGGCAACCAGAAGCUGUCGGUGAAGCUCAUGGUGGACUUCUUCGUGGACAUCGACUUCGGCGACACGCCCGUCGUCCAAACGCCCAUCAUCAACGAGGAGUCCAAGAUCCGCUGCAACCCCAAGUCCAAGCCCCCGCCGCAGGUGGACUGGCUGAAGGACCUGCUGCCGCUCAAGAAUGAUGAAAACCACAUCAUCCAGCAGGACGGUGUACUGAUCAAGAAGGUGACUGAGGCUGACGAGGGCACAUACAGGUGCCGCGCGCGUGUGCCUGAACUCGGCUCCAUCGACUUCCGAGACAUCCAGGUGGAGGUGCACAUCCCACCCUCCAUUGACAAGCUCCCCGUCGACGAGAAGGGCGUGGAGAAGGCUUCUGUAACCUUCGAGUGCGGAGCCACUGGCAAGCCUGCACCCACUUACUCCUGGGUCAACAAGGACAACACUCCCCUCGAGGGCUUGGAAGGCUACUACGUCGACACCGAGAAGGGCAUCCUCACCAUCAUGGACCUUCGCCCUGACCACUCCGGAAGGUACCGCUGCACCGCCGAGAACCCCGCAGGAGCCGACACGGCUGACGCCACGCUGCAGGUCCUCACGAAGCCCAAGGUGGAGCAAUACCUCAACGUUACCAAGGAAGUCGACAGUGAUCUGGAGAUGCGUUGCAUUGCCACCGGCGACCCCAUGCCCAAGAUCAUUUUCCAGAAAUUCUCCAAUGACAAUCCUUUCAUGGAUGGAAUUAACAGCGACGACAGAAUUGAAGUUGUGCAGACGGAAGACGACCAGGGCCGUCGUGUUGGCAUCCUCAAGAUUCGAGGAGUUGUGCGCGGCGACGAUGGACUUUACACCUGCACUGCAACCUCAGAAGGAGGAGAAACACAAGUGUGGGGCCAUAUCACGGUUGAAUUCAUGCCUACCUUUGAAGAUCAGGUCAGGGAUGUUGAAUGGUCAUGGCAGCAACAACCAGUCAAUCUGACGUGUAUUGCCACAGCUAUUCCAAAUGCUACAAUUCAGUGGUAUCUGCGUAAUGCUGAAAUCGACAAAGCUGACCCUAAUUUGGAAGUCCUCUCCUUUGGCCCUGUUGGAGUUCUGAGGGUCACCCCAGUCAGAAACGAGUACUAUGGAGAUUAUACUUGUGAGGCCACAAACCGACUGGGAAUGAAGGAAUUUGACAUCAAACUGAAUGAAGCCCAUGAACCUGGACCAGUAGCCAGUGCCAAGGUUGAGAAGAAGACAGCGACAACCAUUACUUGGAACAUUGUGGGACCAGUUAACGAUGGUGGUCUACCUGUCUUGGGCUUCCUUGUGGAGUUUCGUGAGAAGGACCUUCCAUGGGACAAUGCCAAGUCUCAUUAUUGGACUAAAGAUCAGACAUACACUCUGGAUAAACUGGAGCCACUACAGACUUACAUAUUCCGUUUUGCUGCGAGAAGCGAAGUUGGUGAAGGAGAAUGGAGUGGUGAGAAGGAAGAACAAAUGCCACACAUCUCAUCUCCUGAAGAGCCUCUAAUCUUUGAUGUUGAAGAAGGUGGUGUGACAGCCAUCCCCUACCCCAACAAAUUCACCCUUCGAUGGAAACCACCUCUUGACAAUGGUGAACCUAUUGAUAUUUACCAAAUCAUGUAUUAUCAGGUGCAAAAUGCAUCAGGUCAGUGGGAGAGCAUUGGCACCAAAAAUGCCGAAGAAGUAGAGUACCCAGCCACAGUCUACACAAUUACGGGUCUUCGAAGCAGCACAUUUUACAAGAUUGAACUGCGAGCGCACAAUGCUAUUGGAUUUUCUACCCCGGCCGAGGCAGUCAUCAAGACUGCGCAUGAUCCAUCGGCGCCGCCAGGUAGCGGGUCGGGGUCGCCAGUGCAGUACAGUAGCGUUGCCCCCUCCAUCAGUGCCCCCGCCCACGGCAACGAUGAGCCCGAGGCAUCAACGGCCAGCCCGGGGGUGGGACUCAUCGCAGGCAUUGUCGUCAUCGCUGUUCUCGUCAUCGUUGUCAUUGUUGACUUGACAUGUUACUGUACCAAUAAUGCUGGUUUGACUGCGGCUGUCCUGGGUAAGCGAGGUGUCAAGGAUAAAGACAAAGAAGCAAUGCUCGAGGACGGAAAGAAUGCCAGUGCUGAUACCCUCCAUGAGGAAUCGAGGGAGGAAGGGAAAACCAUCGAUGAGAAACCUGUCCCUGAGAAGGAAGUCCCCAAAACCCCCGAGAAAAAAGUUGAAAUUAUAACUGAGAAACCAACUGAGGAAAAACAUGAAGGUAACGGACAAAUGAAGCAACAGAAGGAAGAAGAGACAAAGCAAGAGCAACAAGAAGCUGAUGAGAAAGUUAAGGAGACAACCGAACCUACGGAAACGACCCCCAUGAUCCAAGGAAGAGGCUCUAACAGGAAAUCCAAAGUACAAGUGAAUGAAGUGGAUGUCAGGACACUUAAUGAUCAAGAUCAAAGACAGCGAAGGCAACAAGCAUACAGCCAACAUAAUCCUACUUCAAUUAACAUGCAAUUCAUGAACCAAAAUGGGGAAUAUGAGAGAAGUCAAAAUGUCCAUCCCAGACAGCCUCAUAUUGUGAAAGCCAUAAUGAAAAGCAACAGCCAGAACCAGGGUGCCUAUGGUCCAAGUGGUCGGCCUUGCAGUAUGGCACUGGCACUUGAGAAUCCAGUCUUCAGAACAGCUAGCUCAAUGAAGAGUUCCAGUAGCACUCCAAUUCUUGACCAUGAGACUUCCAGUGACUCUAUUUAUGAUGUUCCUUUCCUGGUGCAACAGGCACGUCCUCCAGUUCAUUCUCCAGAAACCCCUAAAUCAAGACCUCCAUUGCCAAUGAGGAAUCCAGGUACACAGCUGACUUUAGGGAGACAGUCUCAAAGUCAUGACAGACUUCUUGAUCAUGUACAAGAAUCUUCUACAGGUACAUUUUAUGAAGAACAGCCCUCUUAUUAUGGAGGACGAGGAACUUCACACAAUACGGCAGCAAGCAGAGAGGCUCUGAAUCGGGCACAAAGACCUCCCUACAACAUGUCAGCGAGCAGAGAGGCACUAAGUCAAGAACCAAGACCUCCCUACAACAUGUCAGCAAGUAGAGAGGCACGAAAUAACGCACCAAGAACUCCUUACAACAUGUCAGCAAGCAGAGAGGCUCUGAAUCAGGCACCAAGACCUCCUUACAACAUGUCAGCGAGCAGAGAGGCUCUGAAUCAGGCACCAAGACCUCCCUACAACAUGUCAGCGAGCAGAGAGGCUCUGAAUCAGGCACCAAGACCUCCCUACAACAUGUCAGCGAGCAGAGAGGCUCUGAAUCAGGCACCAAGACCUCCCUACAACAUGUCAGCGAGCAGAGAGGCUCUGAAUCAGGCACCAAGACCUCCCUACAACAUGUCAGUGGAAAAUGGGAUAGGAAGGCCAAUGCUAUCGAGUAAUUCCAGUCAGUCUGGUAUAUAUGAGACAAUAAAUAGUCCUAGGAGAUCCCCAAGUCAGAGCUCAUUAAGUACUUUGUAUCAACCAGUUCAGAGUCCUCAUUAUGAUGCAAAACCUAAAACUGCAUAUGAAAUUGCACCCUAUGAUGAUCCAGUGUCACCAAGUUCAGCAAGGAGACCUGUUGCUGGUAGAGUUGAACCUAAACUCAUGUCUAGGUUACUAGGACAACCAUCAGGCCACAAAUUCAGUCCUGAUGCUUCAACACAAAAUCAUGUCCCACCAUCUAUUCGGCCUUCAGUACCACCACCAGCCCCACCACCUUCCACUGAAAAUAAAGAGGACAAGAAACCUCUAAAAACAGUAACAACUCUACACUUUCGUGAACGUCCUCAGCAGCAGAAACACAGUCAGAGCAUGGAUAAUCUAGAUGCUGCUCACUAUCCCUCCCAACAAGACUGCCAGAGCUCGACAACAUACAGUCCGCAAUCAUUGUCAUCUGCAAGAUCUCUUGGGAGCUUGUUAAGCACAGAUUCCAGCCAACGGUCAUACAAACAACCAACUAUCAUCUAAUUGCUUGCAUGCUAAUGGGGUAGAGUUAGGAUGGCUUCUGUUUUUAGCGAAAAGGAUGACAAAGAAGAGAUACUGAAGGAGGAGCAAAAGGAGGAAGAGGAGAAGCUGAAAAAGAGCGAGUCCAAGAGUAGUGUAACAAAGGAUUCCCCAGUGUAGACCUUUGUCUUCUGCUAGUCUUCAUAUUUACACUUAAAUAGACAGGCUAGAAGAUUUGUAAAACUUUGAGGAGUGCGUGAGUAAUAAUUUUACUACUUGUAAUAAAGGACUUUUAAGCUGCGAUAUGGAAAAGAAAAUUAAACGAGAAUGAGAAAAGGCAUUUCAAGAAUAAUUGCAAUGGGUUGAAGUUUGCCAAAGAAAGUGAAUGAUGCAUAGACAAAGAGGCUAGGAUUAAUUCAUCACUAGAAAUAUAUUAGCAGCGUGUGGACUCUUAUUCUCUGGUUUUCAGGUACCAUGAACUAUUUUGAGAGUAGAAUAAUGAGUAGUAACAAAAUGACUUCUUAUUGACGUCCUAUUUGUGACUGCAUAUGGUAAAUUUAGAGAAAUAAUGUUUAGAAUGAGGGUCAGUAGUAAAUGUGAAUGCCUGUUAUAAUCCAGCAUUACUUGUGUGCAAGAAACUUCAUGUUCAUAUAUGUACUGAUGGAAGAGUUAUGUGAUUCUCAUAUUGUGAAAGCAUCAGCAAAAUAGUCAUAUUUUAGACUCCUCCCUUUUUAUGAAUAUUAUAUAGUUCAUCGAAUGGUCAUGGAAAAAAGUCAGGCAGUAUUUUUUGUUUUACACUGCAAGGUAAAAAAAAUAUAUAUAAUGAUUUUAAAUGUGUGCAUGGAAGACUUUGCCAUCUUUGCUGUGCUGAUCAUAGCCUUAUCAUGUAAAGGAUAAUACUUUAAUGUUCACAAAUUAAUCGCAAUCUUUGGAUUUGAUGUCUGGGACAAGUUAUUCCUGUGGAUACUGUGCACUUGGUAUUGCCUGUAUGUAUGUAAUUAUAUUUUGGUUCUUUUUAUACCUCAAGGAAAAGGGAAUAAAAAUUAGGCAAUCCAGUGGCUUGCAGCUAACACUACAUUGCAUCGUCUCCAGGAAAACUUUCAACUAGGCCUAGUCAUAUAGCAUAGCCAAUUAUGAAACUGAGAUGUGUGAUGCCCAUUUUAAAGUACUGUAAUUCAUCUCAGUUGCUAAGUGAAUUUGAUAUAUGGACAUUUUGCAAAUAAUUUUUACAUAUUGCUCUUGGCUGAAUAUCAACACUACCCAGAAUUAAAGAAAUUUUGUUGUUUGUUUUCUUACAGUAGAAAAUGUAUUGCAUAUGAUUAGGUGCAAUGUAGAGUCGACAAAAUGGCUUAUGGUUAAUAUUUUGAGAUUUAUAAUGGACCAAAUUUUAAUUUUUAGAUAAUUAAAAUCAGUGCACUUUAGUAUAUAAUUGAUAUUUUCAAUUCUUAAUUACCAGUGACUGUACAAACAUUUUAAUUGUUUGCUCUCUAAGAUUGACGGAGCUUAUGAAGAGUUUCUUUGAAUAGUUUUUUCAUGGUUGUGUCAUAUCAACCUGGGCAAAUGCCUUAACUAGAUAAGUAUAAACUGAAUUCUUACACACAAAAAGGAUGAUAAUAGGAUGAUAUUUGCCCAGUUGAUAUGACAACAUAUACAUACUGGGUCAAUGGUCUGAACACUCAACUCUAAAUUGUGAUUGGAUGCCCAGUCAUGACCCUUGACUAUGGUUGUUCUAAGAGUCAGUAUGUUGUCAUUACUGCACCCAUGCUUGGGAUCGUGACUGUCAUCACGUCACACCUUUUCCAUAACUGUGUCUUAGAGUUCAAGUUGCAUCAAAUGUGACAGGGCUCUUGUGACAGAGGAGUAUUGCAAAUUCUGAAAUGACACUUAGGUGAAAGAAAUGUCUUAUUUAUUGAAAUCUACUUUAUAGCACCCUUUGGAUAUUACUUUCUAUACUGGCUAUAUUCCUAAUUCUGCAAUGCCAUUCAUCAUUUUUUUAAGAUAUUAAAAAUAAUAUAGACCUUACACAGGUUUUGAAAGUAAUUUCACUCCCAAAUGUUUACCUAGUUAUUUACUGUAAAGCCAGCAAACAGUAACUUAAUCAGUAAUAUAACAUUCAAGUACUUACCUCUGCUCAAGUGCCAUUUAAGAAUUUGACUGCUGUAUGGCUCACCAUUUUUGCAUAAGACAGCACGUGGUUGAUAUCAUAUGGGCGGGCACACUACCCAUGAUAGUAUUGGAUAUUUUUUUUUCUUAUUCUUAUCCACAGACACUGCUUUCUGCUUGAAAAAAGUUGUAAAUAUAUUAAUGUAAACAUUUUAACAUCAAUUGCUAUGUGAGAGUUUUGGCUGUGCUUGAGGAUUAUAAUGUGUGUAGCAUUUAAUGGCGAGAGUGAUCUUCUGUAUCAAAAGCAGAGCUCUCACUUACCACUAGAGGAAAAACAACAACUACAUAGACACUGUCUAUCUUAUCUGUUUUGUUAUCCACAAUCUGUAUAACAUUCCUUAUUAUGAACUUAUUUUACUACAUAUUUAGAAAAAAAAUAGAAGUAGACAACCCUGUUUUCUUUUCAUGUACAAUGAAUGAUGAGAGCAUUUAUAUAAACCUAAUGUAGCUGUGUCUGCCCCUACCCGUGUGUUAAUAUAAGGUCAGCUUUUUUAUUGUGAUUACGUAUGACUAAGCUUGUCUGUACUCCAGUGUGGUAAAAAUAAAAUGUCUGCUAUUAA